AGCAAUGGAUUGAUGUAUUCGAAGGUUGUUUCUUGAAGAAGGAAAAAUUAGUUAAGAGCGACCAUGCCGCUGAGAGUUCUCUCUAGACUCGACACCGCAAGGACACAGUACUACCACUUCAAGGCCAUCACUGUGGCAGGAAUGGGGUUAUUCACUGAUGCAUACGAUCUCUUCUGUAUCCCGCCGAUCAUGAAACUGAUCGGGCACAUAUACUACAAGUCUCACAACAACCGAAUCCGGCCUGCCGUCGAAUCAUCCAUGCUGGCCGCCACUCUCCUCGGCACCGUGAUUGGUCAACUCAUCUUCGGCAGGCUCGGUGAUCGUGUAGGGAGGAGGGGCGUGUAUGGCGUCGCCUUGAUGCUCAUGAUGGUCGGCUCCAUUGGGUGUGGAUUCUCGAUGGGCACGACACCAGGCUGUGUCCUAGCGAGUCUAGGGUUUUUCAGGUUCUUGCUCGGGGUAGGGAUCGGUGGGGAUUACCCGCUCUCGGCGACAAUCAUGUCGGAGUAUGCUAACAAGAGGACUCGCGGCGCAUUCAUAGCGGCUGUCUUCUCGAUGCAAGGGUUUGGGAUUCUGGUGAGCUCGGUCGUGACGAUGGCGGUGUGCAAGAUAUUUGGCCGAAUUUACCCUUCGUCGCCGAAAGAUCCGCCACCAAAGGAAGCUGAUAUUGCCUGGAGGUUGAUAUUGAUGCUGGGUGCUGUUCCUGCCGUGAUAACAUAUCACUGGCGGAUGAUGAUGCCUGAAACUGCAAGGUACACCGCUUUGGUGGAGCAAAAUGUGCUCCAAGCUGCCAGGGACAUGGAGCGAGUCCUAGACGUGCCCUUGAGCCAAAUAGCCGAGGACCAAUCCUUCCGCCCAAGCCUGCCGCCCUACCCUCUCUUCUCCAGGCAGUUCUUCCUCCGCCACGGUCGCGACCUCCUUGCCUGCUCUGCCACGUGGUUCCUCCUUGACAUCGUCUUCUACAGCAGCAACCUCUUCCAAUCCAAGAUCUACCACAAGUACCUGCACGACGAAGACACCGGCGAGGCAGUAACCGCCUUCGAGGCCGCCUUCAAGGUCGCACGCCUCCAGGCCAUUGUGGCGUGCUACUCCACAAUCCCCGGCUACUUCGCCGCCGUCUUCCUCAUCGACCGUGUUGGGCGGGUCAAAAUCCAAGCAGUUGGGUUCGUCCUCAUGGCCAUCGUUUACUUCUCAAUCGGAGUGCCGUACAACAAAUAUUGGAAGGGCCACACCGAUAAGCUGUUCAUGUUCCUGUACGGCCUGACCUUCUUCUUCGCCAACUGCGGGCCCAACACGACCACGUUCAUUGUGCCGGCCGAGCUGUUCCCUGCGCGGUUCAGGACGACAUGCCACGGUAUUGCUGGGGCCGUGGGUAAGGUUGGGGCGAUGAUUGGCGCCGUGGGGUUUUUGAAAGCCUCGCAUGCGUUGGGCAUCGAAGUUACGUUGAUCAUAUUGGGUGGAAUUUGCGUGGUGGGGAUGGCGUUAACCAUGUUGUUCGCAAAGGAAACUAUGGGGAGAUCGCUUGAGGAGAAUGAGAAUGAGUCUGUUCAAGGCCAGACUCAUUCUCAUUCUCAUUCUCCUCAUAGUUAUCAAUGA